AUGUACUCAACCUGGACCCGCUACAAUGCCUUCAUAGAACUGGCUAUUGGAGAAUCUAAUGUGCUCAAAGAAAUCGUCAAAUUUCUUGCCAAAGAACUACCUAAGAAUACACUCUUCCGCGGACGCGUUACAAAUCCAUCAACAAAUGAUCAAAUCCUAUCCCUCGAGCCUUGUAACUUGACAAAAGACGAGGACUGGGUUUGGCUGAGACUGAACCGACCUGAACUGCUUCAAGAAGGGGCCGCACGUGGCAGUGAAAAAUUAGCGAAGACAGGUCGAAAAUUAGAAAUUUCGCAGGUCGAGUCAAGCGAUGUUUCCAAUAUUCUGGCGAUGAUCCAGGAGUUGGCGAUUUACGAAGAUAUGCUCGACCAAUGUAAAAUGACGAAAGAGUGGCUGGAUGAGGAUUUUUCCGCUGGGCCUAAGUUUGGCAAGUUUGAUGGGAAUCUGUGCGUUGCUACGAUCGCCAAGUUGGACGGGCAAGUAGUUGGAUACACCGUCAGCAUCGACUUUUUCACGACUUCGCAUGGGAAAGAAACCUAUCUCGAAGAUUUAUACGUCAAAGAAGCGUUCCGCGGACAGGGAAUUGGUUCGAUUCUGUUAAAUUCAGUUUCCGAAUCUUCACAGUCUCGAGGAGCGGCGGGGGUGUACUGGGUUUGUUUAGCCUGGAAUAAAAAAUCGCUGUGCUUUUACGAGAAAAUGGGCGCCAACCCUCUCGACGUUACAUUUUUCCGAUUCGAGCCAGAGAUUCAAAAAUGGAUGCUUGAAUGA